UGGAGAACAAGUGUGGCAGGAACUGAAAGAGCCUCUGCAGAAGGCAUUGCAAGCACUCCUCAGCCAACCAGUGACAUACCCGACUUUUCGAGAACUUGCACUGGAGGCUGCGGGUCAUACCAGCGGAUGGAAUAAGAUUGCAGUGCCUCUGGUUCUGCUUGGACAGAUGCUUCUGGAGUUGGCUCGGCGUGGCGAGGAGCCCCUGCGCGCCCUGCUGCAACUGGGUGUUGCAUACCUGGAGGACUGCGCCGCAGAGCACGUGAUCCAGCACGGAGGCUGGGGUACUGUCUUUAACCUGGAGCCUGAGGAGGAAGAAUACCCCGGCCUCAUUGCAGAAGACAGCAAUGACAUUUAUAUCCUGCCCAGUGACAACUCGGGGCAAGUCAGUCCCCCGGAGUCCCCAACAGUGACCGCCUCCUGGCAGUGUGAGAGCCUCCCGGCCUCGCUGUCAGCCAGCCAGAGCUGGCACGCGGAGAGCCUGCCCGUGUCCCUGGGUCCUGAGUCCUGGCAGCAGAUCGCCAUGGAUCCCGAGGAGGUCAAGAGCUUGGAUAGUAAUGGCGCCGGAGAGAAGAGCGAAAAUAACUCAUCGAACUCGGACAUUGUCCAUGUGGAGAAGGAAGAGAUCCCCGAGGGUGUGGAGGAGGCUGCGGGGGCCAUGCCCUCCCAGGACACCCAGGCAGCCCUCCCUGCCCCUGACCCCCUGCAGCUGCACACCACUGCCCCUUUGGAGCCCAGGGAACCCCCCUCACAGGUGGCUGCCCUUGAGAAGGCCAGCCCUAUCCCAUCUCUCUUUGUGGAGCUCUGUGAAGAAGAGGUGGAGGCAGCGACAGGAGAACCUGCUGGCAUGGAAAGAAAGAGCCCCCCAGCCCUGUUGAGUGAGAAGCAGGGUCCCGGAGGGGAGGCUGAGGCCACCCCAGCCUCGGAGGGCAAGGCUGCGCUGUUUGGAGGGGCUGGCGCCCUGGGCUCUGAGGGCAGGGCCGCACUGCUGUUGGGAGGGGCUGCUGCUGUGGCUGUCCUGGCAGUGGCCUUUGGAGUGGCCUUGGCUCUGAAAAAGAAGUAGCUGGGUCUUCAGAAGAGAACGAUGAUGACCGAGAUCUGUGGUUUUCCUCGUGGUGUCUGGAAUGUGAACUGCCAGCAGUGGAUGGUGCACUGGUGGAGUGCUCGGGAGAACUGGCUUUCUGCCCAGCAAACUGCAGCUCGGUCUGCAAAUUGGGCUGAGGGAGGGGUUGCAUGGUCUGAUCGUCAGGGCCGUUACUCAUGCUGAUUCUGAGCUUGUGAGUGAUAAAGGACUCUAGACAGUGUCCCAAACCUGGCACUGUGAGCACUCACAGGUGGUGGUGGGCGCUGGCCACGCCCCUGCUUCUGUCCCUAGGUGCCAGUUAACACCCCACACUCAGCAAGGUCAGCCAGAAGUGUCUCGACAUUGCCAGAUGUUCUGUGGGCCCUGUCCCCAUCCCCAUCCCUCCACCCCAGGCACUGCUCUAGAGGGAGUAGUAUAGGAGAGCAGAGCCUGGGGUUGGCUUCUCAGCCUCCAGGGCCAUUCAGCUGGCUGGAUGGAGUUCUCAUCUUUCCCAAUGAACAUGCUGUGUUCCACAGCCCCCGCCAUCUGGCUCUCAGGUACUCGUUCUCCCCCACGUCUCCCCACCCCAAGGGAGAGGGCUCCCCCAGGCCCCUGACGCUUCCAAAAGCUGAUGCCUUUGAGAACAUGAGCUCAUAGAUGAACAUGAGGCGGCCCUGACUCCCCAUGCGGGGACGUGUGUAGGGGCAGGGGACCUUUUCUGCAGUGCCCGCCCCCCAGCCGUGGUGACCUGCCAGCGGCGCUCCAGUGGUGGGAUGUUUCCUGGUCACUGUGGCUGGUGUUUUUUUCCAGUAUGCAACCUCCAGCACUGUAUGCCUCUUGCCAUCUGCUGAGCAAUGCCUUCUGUGGACUUCCAGAAAGAACCAGCCAGAUCAGAACCUUAUUAAAUAGGAUCAUUGAGAUCCAAUGAUAAGUAUCAUUUUAUUACUUUAUCCCAAGUAUCACUGAAAUAAGAACGGGGAGGAGAAGCUUCAGUUUGAAGUUGGACUGCUGACAAGGUUUUAGUCUAGCCUUUAGUGUCUAGGAAUGGAGGCCUCUUUGCCGACCAUUUUCCAGGUCCAAAUGCCAAGGUAAUUAGCCAGAAUGAGCUGGUUUGGCAUAGUCAUUUUGACCUGGCCCAUCCCGUCCCUCGGGAGCGGUGCAGCGUCACCUUUGGUGCCUGAGGGCCGUGUGCUACCCUGCAGGGAGCCUGUGCUCAAUGCAACUCAUCUCAGAUUUCCCUUAGCUAUACACAUCACUCACUUCCUUAAUCCUGAAUUUAUAAUAAACAUUAACUGUUCUU